GAAAACUGGGCCGAGAAAAUCAGCAGACGAUUCAAGAUGGCGGACAGACAUCAUAACAAAAACAGAGAUCUCCCCGAAAUGCGGCCAAUAUAAGCUAGAUGCGCUAUGAAUUCAAGCUAUGCAUCGAGGCUAGGGCUACCUAUUUAUCGUGCAACACGAUAUAAGGGCUCGUGUAGUCUAGGUUUGCUGGUAAAACAUCCUGUUUCCAGAUUCUGUUCAGUGACGCCCGCAAAUAAGGGCCUUGAGAGAAACAGGGAAAAAGGAAAGAGACUGGGGCGGACACUGAAUCUGACCGAGAAACAGCAACAGAGUAUCCUCACUGAACUGAAUACUAGAUCACUUGAACAACUUAAAGCUACCAAAUACAUCGGGAAGAACAAAGCAGAGGCAUUAAUUCAACACAGAGACCAGCAUGGCUUAUUGUCCAGCUUACAGGAUCUUUCAGGAGUCAGGGGAUUUGGAAAAGCUUUCUAUGACAGACUUGAGAAAGCCGGGGAGCUGCCUCCAAUAACACAAAAGUUUUCAAGGCAGAUGGAGGUGAUAAAGACGUUAUUGCCAGAGGGUGCUCUUCAGAAGGUGGAUAGCAUUGUGUCAAUUGAUAUUGGCUUACAAAAUGCAGCAUGGACCCACAUUGACAGGGAUUGUCAGGUGUUGGCAUGGAAGCAGGUCCAUAUUACCAGGCCAAAGCCGUACAACCCUGCCAUACUCAGACCUCAGAUCCAGAAGUUUGUAGACUCACUGCCGGCUGCAGAUGCUCACGUCAUAGAAAUGCAGAGCCACAGAGUUGGCAAACACGCUGCAGCCCUGCUACCAUUUGUCAUCCAUCUACGGAUUGUAGAGAGCAUGCUGCACUGUCUACUACCAUCACCCUGCAUACCCUUUGAUCCCCACUAUACUUCCAAGGUAUUCGCCCUUCCGUCAGGCCACACCAAGAAGAAGAAGGCAGCCAUUAGCCUAGUGGAGAGCCUCUUUCAGGAGAACAAACCGAAUCCCAUUGAAGAAGAAUGUGAGAACUUCCUUAAGGAGCAGUCUGGACUGCAAGGGAGUAAGGACAUAGUGCGUAAUCUUGUGGAGGGUGUGGAGGGUGGUAUUAUUAAUGAGAGUGCAGAGGACACCAGUGGGGAUGAAGAGAAUGUAGGCCAUCCACCAGCUGAGCUGGACUGCAGUAUACGGAUCCCUGAAGAACUCAUUUCGUAUUUUGAAUUGUGUAAAAAGAAGGACGACCUUAGUGAUAGCUUGCUUCAAGCCUUGGCAUUCUUUCAUUUGAUAAAGCAAGCCUAGAAGUGAAGGUGAUUUAGGUCACACUCUAUCCGGGCACUGCAACAAGAGAAAAAAAAGUCUGGUUGUUAGUCUCCUAUACCCAGACUUUUUUACCUCUCUCAUGCGAUGCACUUGAGCUCAAGGAGAGUACCUCCUUGUUGGCGUUUUAUCUAAUAUUAAAAACAAACUUAGUAGUAACGCAGUAAAUUUUGCUAUUAGUAGAGUGGUUUUUAAAAUGCCGUAAAUGUUAAAGUGUAAUAGUCAAGCCAGAACAAAAGAGAGAAAAGACAAUACAGUGUAUUAGUUUCUAAAUAAACUAAAUAGUACUUCACAGGUUUUUGAAAACCACUCUAAUGAUGCUAAGACUUGGUUAUAAUAAACGAGUUGAUAAACGCAUGUUUUUAAGAACUUCCUCUACAUCACCACCAGUAAGUAAAGCUAGGAACACCAGAAAUAAUUAAGGAAUGCUUGGUCCGACCAAUCAGUCGCGAGAUAUUCAAAAAGUCAAAUAAAACAUGUCUCGAUUCGUUAAAAGACAAUAAACAUUCCACACAUAUUUUAGGUGUUCACAGGUUUACUGGUUGGGCUGCAAAUUGGCAAUAGUCACAGAUUAUUCUACACAGGUUACAUCACUGUUGCUGGCUCUUGAGUCCUGAUAACUCGAGAUUCCACGAAAAAUUAAAGAGAAGAUUUGAGUUAUUAUCAAGAGUUCGUGAUAUUGGGGAAGAUUUAUUUAUAAAAGUAUUUGAAUGGAGUCUAUUGAAGCGAACAGGGUAUUUGAAGUUAUCAAGGGCGCGAGUUAUAUAAAUGAAAAUACGCUGUUUAAAAUUCAAUUUUCAGAUAUUGUAAUAUGGUGCUUGUAAUUGUGUUUUCAGCGUUCAGUGAACAACAAUAAACACAACAACAACAAAA